AUGUCUCUACAAUUGUUUGCUAUCAAGACGCUAACUGGAACCAAUUAUAAGGAUUGGUACGAGUUUCUCACUAUCAAUUUAGCUAUCAUGAAUUUGGAUUUAACUAUGAGGGUGGAUGCGUCUACUCAACUUAUUGAGGAAAGCUUUACUGAGGAGGAAUUUUUGUAUGAGAGUUGGGAACAUUCUAAUAGAACCUGCCUUAUGAUUGUGAGAUAUACCAUUGACAAGUUUAUUAGGCAAAGUAUAGCCAACACUGAAAAUGCAAAUGGUUUUUUAGAAGUUGUGGGGAAGAAAUUCACUAAGUUUGAUAAGGUAGAAAAUGGAACCUACAUAAAGCUGCUCACUACCACGACUUAUGAUGGGCUUGGUAGAGUUCGAGAGCACAUUAUGAAGCUCACUCAUUUCUUUAAUAAAUUGAAGGAAAUGAAAGUUGAGUUGCAGACACUUUUCUUGUGUGGCAAGUGCUUGAGUCUUUAUCGUCUCAAUUUGAUGGACUUAAGACCACAGAUAAUGCUUAGAAGGAAGAAUGGAGCUUGA